AUGGCUUCCUAUCCCUUCGGCUUUCGAGUGGCGCAAGCUAUUGGCAUCUCCGGUGCAGCCUGGCUAUCUGGAAACAUCGCCGCCCUCAGCAUGAACGUCACGCCCGCUCUGCUCCGGUCUCGUCGCGAAGACAAUGUACCCUCUGCCACCCUUGCCAAGCAAUGGAGGAACAUGUAUGAGAAUGGGAAGACACAGAACCCUCCCAUUGCGGCUGCGGUGGCGGCUUCCUUCUUCUAUCUGGCCUGGUCGGUGAGAACGGGGGCGCCCUUGUUUAAGAAUACGGCAUACAGCCGCACGGCACUAUUCUCUGCGGCGGCGAUCUUAACCCUAGGCAUUGUGCCAUUUACCGUCGCAGCCAUGUCCAGGACCAACAAUCAACUACUUGAGAAGGCGCAAUCAAACUCUGGAGUAUCGGACGCAGAAACGCCGAUUCUGAUUCAGCGAUGGACAACGCUGAAUGGCAUCCGAGGCUACCUUCCUCUGGCCGGGGCAGCAGUCGGACUCGUGGCCUCAUUUUUGUAA